AUGGAGGUGGAGGUGGUGGGUGGUUGUGGUGGUGGAAGUGGUAGAGGUGGAGGUGAAGGUGGUGGUGGUGGUGGUGGAGGUGGCGACGGUAGUGGUGGUGGUGAUGGAGGAGGAGGUGGGAUUGGUAGUGAUGGAGGUGGCUAUUAUGUGCUUCUUGUGAAAGCAGCUUUCAAAAGCAACCUCUAA